CGGCGGCCGCGCUGCCUCGGAGCCGCCCGGUCUCAGGGCAUCAGCGGGCGGCUCGCUGAGGCGGGAUGCCCUCCGAGUCCUUCUUAAUUGUCGGUCCCCGCAGGACGACAACAAAUUGCCUCCAGCACCUCGACUGAAGCACCAGGACCUGUUCUGAAGUCAUGGGGAAUAUUUUUGGGAAUUUGCUGAAGAGCCUCAUAGGAAAGAAGGAGAUGAGGAUCUUAAUGGUGGGGCUGGAUGCUGCUGGGAAAACGACAAUCCUUUACAAACUGAAACUGGGGGAAAUAGUCACCACCAUCCCUACAAUCGGAUUCAAUGUGGAGACGGUGGAGUACAAGAACAUCAGCUUCACUGUGUGGGACGUGGGCGGACAGGAUAAGAUCCGGCCCCUCUGGAGGCACUACUUCCAAAACACUCAGGGUCUGAUCUUUGUGGUGGACAGUAACGACAGAGAACGUGUGAACGAAGCUCGAGAGGAGCUGAUGAGGAUGCUGGCAGAGGACGAGCUGAGAGAUGCAGUUCUCCUUGUGUUUGCAAAUAAGCAGGAUUUACCAAACGCCAUGAACGCCGCGGAGAUCACAGACAAGCUGGGCUUACACUCCCUCCGUCACCGCAACUGGUACAUCCAGGCCACAUGCGCCACCAGUGGCGACGGCCUCUAUGAGGGCCUUGACUGGCUGGCCAAUCAGCUCAAGAACAAAAAGUAAGAGGGGGCAAACCUGGAAAACACAACCGGCAAGCCACCCGAUCCAGUGUUUUCUUUCCUCUGGGGAUGGAGGGUGAGGUUUUGGUGCGAGGGUUUUGACUGGCAGGCGCAAAACAAGACCCUGGUUUUGAGGGAGACUUCAUUUUUGCUCCGUGCUCAGUGGUUAUUUAAAGAAAAAAAGGUUCAUAUCUAAUCACAUACACUGAUUCACACUAAACGUAAGCAGUCACAGCAGACACUUGCUUUUGCUCCGUCCACCUCUCGUUCUUUGGUUCGGUGUGCUUUGUGUUAGUCUGUAGGUGCCGUGUCCAGUUUUGGUUUUCCAGCUGUGAGUCAUUAAUCGUUGUCCCGUCCUGCAGGGUCACAGAGAUGUGUUACACAGCCACGUUAUCUUUGCGGAUUCUGAUGGUUUGCUCUCCGUUUUGUAAGCAGUGCUGAACACUUAGUCUCGAUGCAGAGGGAUUUUUCAUCACAAACACUAAAGAAACAUUUCUUACCCUGUAUUUGGCUUCAAACAUAAUCCCAUAUAGUCAGGUCAAGCUCUCUGUCCCUUCUGGAAAAAAAAAGCUUCUCCACAGCAUGAUGCUGCCACCACCAUGUAUCAUGGAGGGACUGUCAGCUCCCUCCACAUGUUAAACAAACAAAAUCUUACUGCUGUAUUUUGGGAAUAUUAUGAUAUCCUGUAUUUAACUCUAUUGAUCUCCAAUUAACUUUAACCAGCUUCCCAAAGUCCCUGCUGAAGAAAAGCCUCCCCACAGCAUGAUGCUACCACCUCCAUGUUUCAUGGUGGAGAUGUUAAGCGCCGUGUGUGGAGUUAGUUUUCGUCUGCAUCUAUCCACACCUGCAUGUUGGCUAGAUGCAGAACGGCUUCUUCCUCAAGUUUGCUGUGUCUCCUAUAGAGGUGGGGGACAUGGGAUUAGAAAUUUAUUGCACUGUUUUAUGUUACUAUUAUGACAGUAACGGUGAGAAAAAAAAAUUAGGACUUGUUUUUUUUUGUAAUUAUGGCUGUGACUACAUGUCACAUCUUUUAUGGAAUCACAAAUACAAAUAUUGUUCUUGGAAAAACCUUCCCAUUUGAAUUAGUCUUCUUCGGGAUGCCACUGAUUUGAAGAACUGUGGUUUUUACAUCACCAAACUGCACAGAGCAGCUGCAUUUAAUCAUAUUUUCAAAGUUACUGAUAUUUAUUGAUUCCCGAAACAAACAAUGGAGAAAAUUGUGGAAAUGAUUAUUCUGUCAGCUUUGUGGGGUUUUUAAGAACAUUAAUUGAAACUUAUCGGGAGGACAAAAAAAAUCAAAAUUUGUAUUUAAAUUUUAUCAUGAAUGAUUUGAUAAAUGCCCACUUACAGUCCUCUAUAUGCAAAACAUAAAAGAGGAGAUGGUUUUCUUUCUUCUUGCCACUCUUUUAUAAAGAUCAGAUGAUGUAGAGUUCAAAACAGCAGCAGCUCUGUGUCAGUUUUACUUUCUGUUUCCGCUGUUCUGAACUGCAGAACCUGGCUUUACGUUGUAAUAGCAUUCUGCAGAUUCAUACCAUCAUAGCUGGCUCUGAUGGUUUCCUUGCAGGGAGCAGAAAUAAUAACCCAAUGAACAUCUCUCCCUUCAUGCUAAAGACACAUCCUCUUACUGCCCCAAUAUGGACAUCUUUUGAGAGCCAUACUGUCGUAGUAGUUGCUUGUGGCAACCUGAAGCACUGAAACUGGACAUUUUAAAUAUUUAAACCUGUGCUAUACGCUCUCAGUUACCUGACAUGGAUGCAGCCUUAUCAGCAGCCCUUCUCCAUUCAGAAAUCCAUAGAUGAGGAGGUUACUUGUAGGUUUUGUCACCACAAAAAUUGACUAAAGCUCUGCUAUCAACAUGAAGUGCCAGCAUAAGCUUAUGUAUUUUUAGGACAUAUAGAAUCAUUUUAUAGUACAAUCAAACAAUUAUGUUACCUUCAGUUGUUACAAAAAUGCUUUAUAUAUCAAACAUGACUUAAAGUAAACCCAAUUUUCAAUUUGGCACCUUGAAAUUGGGCAACUGUGUCUUUAAGAAGGUUUCCAACACUAAUUAGUUAUCACCACAAAGCUCCUUCAUCAUGCUGUCUAAAAUCAUUCUUAGGAGCGCUAGACUGAAAAGUAGAUCACACAGUGAACUCAGCAGACACGCAGUUCCACCAGGUGUUUGCUAAAUGUUGCUGCCGCUAGUCUGCAGGAGCUCAAUGGGGGAGUUGUAGAGGAGGGCUGCUGUGUGAGGUCGGAGCUUGGCUCCAAGGACAAGCUUUGUGGGAAAGAUGACGUUCUGUGAGAACCAGUGUUUUGCACAGCUGAAUGGUUGCUACAGAAGUUUAAAGAAUUUCUCGAACGUGCAUGAAAGAAUCAAAUCAACUCUCUAGGUAUGUUUUUGAUGAGGGAAUGACAUUAUAAUAUAUCAUGAAGUUAAAAAAUGUCACACUAUCACCCCUUUAAAGUGAGACACAGCUGCUUGUCCUCCUAAUGCGUCUAAAUCAGCUCUCAAAUAGGACCAUCUUGUGUUUUCUGUUUUUGUUUUCCCCGUUGAUUCUGUCACUUAUGGCUCAACUGCUGAAUGUGAAUAUUGUGAAGGUAUCUUCACCCGGCUGUAAUUAUAGGUAGUUAAUGUUCUAUUUGCAUAUCUAUUGAAAGGAGAGACAACACGUCUCCACCUUUGUCUCUGACUGAUGACGUCACGGCUGAAACCAGCAGAAUCCACAGAUUUUUAAUGUCUUGCAAAAGUAUUCACCUCUGCAUUCUGCCACAUUGCAACAAAUAUACUUUAAUGUUUGUAACUGGACUUUUAGGUGAUCAACACAAAAGGAAUUGUAUAGGUGUGACGUGGUUUAAAUUAUUACCUUGUACUCCAUUCCAUUAUUUUAACAACUUUGACAAGUUGGCUUGUCUUUUAUGAAAUAAUAUGGCCCACAGCAUGAUGCUGCCACUACCAUGUUUCAAAGAGGGAGUUGUUGUGUGCAGUAUUUGUUUUCUGACACAUUUAGUGUUUUGCUUGUUAAGUUUUAAGCUCAUCUGAUAGGAUCAGACUUUGAAGACAAAUUUCCUUCCAAUUCGCUGUGAUGCAUCUCUUUGCGUUGCUCUAUCUCACCAUAUCCUGACAAAAUGCAUUGAAGUUUCUGAUUGUCAAAAUGACCAAACACCAACAGUUAACGUUGAAAGCCGGAUGAUUACUUUUGCAAGGUGCUAAAUGUCAAUAAGAUGUUUCCCCUGUGCCAUACUCAAUCACAUACUAUCAGCAGUGUCACCUACUGUACAUCCUCUGGCAUCUUUUCAGUACUUUUCUCCUAUGGAACGUGUUAUACGGUAAUGGAUCGAUUCAUUUUGGGGGUUCAUGUGGCCUUAUAGUUACAUUUUUAAUUUGACUUGCACAUAUUUAUCUAUUUCAAGACAAGCAACCUGCAGUUUAUGAAUCAGCGCCCUCAAAAGCCAGAUUUUGCACUGCUCUUCACAUUGACAAGGCAAACAUUUCCUCACAAGGCGUUCUCUUUGUUUUACUGGAUUCAUGUUCGGUGGUUGGACUUCUUCUUUGGCUUUCUUUGGAGUUUAAAUAAACUUUCACGUAGACGGUGUCUGUAAAACAAUGGUAAUUAGUGUGGAAAAGAAUAUUUCCCUUCAUUCAUUCUUUACCAUUAUAGUUGCACAAGUAGAUUUCAAAAAAUUGUUCCAGUGCUGAAUGCAUGGAGACAUCUGUAUGUGAUGUAAGACAAGAUCCUGCUGUAUUAAAAAAAUAAACUCAUUUAUUGUA